AUGGCGAGCGCCCAAGACAUGGAAGAACAGCUCCAACAAAGCGUCAUGAUCUCAGAGGAUGGGGCGUACGACUCCUCAUCUGGCCCUGGCGUAGCGAAUGCAAUCUUCCGUAAUGGCGACGACGAAAUGAGCGACCGUGAUGCAUCCGGAGAAGAAAUCGAAGAGGGGGAUGAGGAUGCCGAGGGAGAGGAAGACAAUGACCUUCUUCAACAACAAAUCAACGCCGGACACGAAUCAAUAGUUGCCAGCGCAAAGCCCCCGACUGACGGCGACGAUGACGAAGACGACGAAGAAGAAAAAGAAGAAGAAGAAAGAGAAGGGGAAGAGGGGAAUUCUGAUGAAGAUGAGGAUGUCGAUCUUGUCAAAAUACGACCCGAAUCCGACGAUGAAGGCGACAGCGAAGCUUCAACGCACGAGAGCGAGGCCGACGACGAAGAGGGAGCUGCCUGGGAGGAAGAAGUUGACGAGCGGGAAGAAGAAGAUGCGUCCGUCGCUGGCCCCAGCAAUGCCUGUAUUUUUUGCAAGCAAGAUGAGGAGGAUGACCCGAGCGAAGACUUUGAAGCAUACCUGUCGUGCAAACGAUGCAGUGACCACGCGCACCAGCAAUGUGCUCGCGAAGCAGCAGCGAUGACAGAAGACAAUGACGCACAAAGUUGGAAAUGUCCAGAUUGCGUCGAUAAAUCAUCUGAUGACGAAGACGAUGCCGAAGCUGACAGCGUGGCUGCUUCCGACGCAAAAGCAUCACAAGUAAGCGGUGGCACUGGCACUGUGUCUCGCGCCGGUCGCAAGAGAAAAUCCUCACCGCUGCAAGAUGAAGACGAGGAUGACGUUAUUACCGUCCGAAAGCGUCGGCGGAACUUGUCCACCGAAGCCAAUUCGACACAGGAUACGGAUGGCAACAGUCACAAGCGGGGUCGCACGCCCAGACACAAGUCCACUCAGCAGCGUCUCGUUACAACGGAGAAGCGCUCGAGACAUUCCUUGAUUCUGAAGUUCCACGUUCGGCCUGGAAACCUCAAGGAGUUCCUCUCCCGUCGGCGCCGGGACCGGAAGCGUCCCAGCACUGUCCGAACGCCACGCUCAAUUGCCCAGCAAUCCUCUUCGGUUGGAUUUGACGUACCGAUAUCUGCCAUGCCGACACCAUUCAGCUCAGAUGUGUACUCUCAACCCUUCUAUUCAUUCUUUGAUAAAGAGACGGAUGAAGCAAAGGGCAAGCCGUACGGUGGCAUCUUGACAGAGGCGGAAGCAGACACGUCCAAGACAUUUCCCACAGCUGACGACCGCAAACGCUUCGACAAAGCGAAGCAACAAGCGGAAGAUGAGUGGCGGGCUCGUGUGCUCGCGAUGCAAGCAGAACAAGACAUGCCUGUGCGACGCCACAAGAAGAACAGCGACCACGCGAGCCAAAUCGAAUGUAUCGAGUUUGGCGGCUGGGAGAUUGAAACUUGGUACGCGGCGCCAUACCCUGCCGAGUAUAGCAGAAACCGAGUCCUCUACAUAUGCGAAUUCUGUCUCAAAUAUAUGAACUCGGAUUAUGUCGCGUGGAGACAUAAGCUGAAAUGCGGUACGAAGCACCCACCUGGCGACGAGAUUUACAGGCAUGAAUCAAUUUCAGUAUUUGAAGUGGACGGCCGCAAGCACCCAGUGUAUUGCCAGAACCUGUGUCUUCUGGCCAAGCUAUUUCUUGGCUCCAAGACGCUGUACUAUGACGUGGAGCCUUUCCUAUUUUACGUCUUGUGCGAAUACGAUGACUGCGGAUAUCAUUUUGUCGGCUACUUUUCGAAGGAGAAACGAGCAAGCAGUCAGAACAACGUUUCGUGUAUUUUGACUCUCCCGAUUCACCAACGCAAAGGCUAUGGCAAUUUGCUGAUUGACUUUUCCUACCUACUUACGAGAGUCGAGAAGAAGACUGGCUCGCCAGAGAAACCUCUCUCCGACAUGGGUCUGGUGUCAUACAGGAACUACUGGCGGCUCCGCCUCUGUCGUUACUUUCUGGACAUAGUUGAAUCCGCAGAGUUCAAAACGAACGGACUAAGUAUCAAACAGAUGUCGGAUGACACUGGCAUGACGCCGGAUGAUGUCAUUUCUGCGCUCGAGGGGCUCAGAGCUCUCGUCCGUGACCCCGAAACAAAACUUUACGCCUUCCGAAUAGACCUGGAAUAUUGCCGAAGUUACUGGGAAAAAUGGGAAAGCAAAGGCUACGUUAGGCUCAAAUCCGAGGCCUUGGUUUGGACCCCAUACGUGAUGGGUAGAUCCAAUGCCGUUAAUUUCGAAUUUGGACCCCCAAUCAACGCCAUUGCUCCGCGCGAGGACGAUGAAGCCAAGUUGUUGGAGGGGUCGAAUGGUGAGAGCACCGAAAAGUCAGAGCAGACGAAUGGGGAUAAGACUCAAGAUGCUGCUGAUCAAGAGGAACCCGUACCGGCGCCGGCAGCAUCCAUUGAAAAAGCUGAGCCGGAAGAGAAGCCCAUCAAGCCUGAGGAUGAGCUGAUGCGGGAUGCUGACGAGGAAGAUGUCGUGAGGACGUGGGACGCCGCCUACAAAGACAUCCCGCCCACUCGAUUUGAAGUCUUCCCUGCCGUCGGUGGAAACCGUCGCGACCGACGGCGCCGCGCCUCGACCAACAACGGCGUCCCUCGAAAACGUGGUCGGCCGCCGCUGAACCGCGCCCGGAGUAGCUCUUCCCGGCGGAAAGGCGGCGGCACCGGCCGCGGCCCAGGCCGCUUCCCUAAGGGAACUAAGAAGUCGGACUACGGCAACGCGGACAGCGGCCCAGGGCUGCCACCCGGCUGGAAACCCGACGCGGCCCAUCACGCCCAGACCAACGGCGACAGCGUCGGUGUGGCUGUAGAGGAGGAGGAGUCCGCCAAGGAUCAGGUGGAGGUUCAGCUGCUUGGGCCGAACGGGGAUGGCGGCCGCGCCGCUGUCAACGAAGUCGAGGAGGAGGAGGAAGAGGAGGAGGAGUCCGCCGUAGAGUCUGGUGCCGAUCAGGACGAAGACGAGGAAGAGGAGCCAGAAGCGGAAGAUGACGACGAAGAAGAGGACGAAGAGGACGAAGAGGACGAAGAGGACGACAACGAGCAAGGUGAGGAAGAGGAGGACCAGCGAGAAAGCGAAAGGCGAGAGGACGGUGAUGGUGAUGGGGAGGAGGAGCAAGUGGCGGUAGCGGAAGGAGAAGAAGAACACAAGGGGCCAGGGGAGGAACGGAAAGGGCAGGAAGAAGAGGAAGGGGACGUCGACGCUUCUGGCGAGGAAGAGUAA